CUAUUCUUGCCGCGCAAUCUUAGUUGAAACGGAAAAAUCAACUCUGAAUCACAAUGUCUCGCCAUCAUCCCGAUCUCGUAAUGUGCCGCAAGCAGACCGGCAUCUCUAUCGGCCGCCUCUGUGACAAAUGCGACGGCAAAUGUCCCGUUUGCGACUCCUACGUCCGGCCCACGACUCUCGUCCGCGUCUGUGACGAAUGUUCCUUCGGAAACUACCAAAACAAGUGCAUCGUGUGCGGAGGCGAGGGAAUCAGUGAUGCCUUCUACUGCUUUGAGUGUACGAGGCUGGAAAAAGACCGAGACGGGUGUCCGAAGAUUAUAAACCUGGGAAGUUCGAGGACAGACUUGUUCUUCCAGAGGAAGCAGCAUCGAUCGACGGCGAUGUGACCUGACGCCUCCUCCCGUUUGCUCAUUUAAGCCUGUGGCGGCUGGGCUUCUAUCAAUCGAACUACACGCAUCGUCGAAAACGGGAAAGAGGAAAGAUCUUAACAGUUUGGUUUACACCGAAGAUGCUCCGUGCCUCCUGUUCCAGAUCUCAAAUGGAGAUGAAGAGAAAUUAUGAAAGAUCUAACUCUGAAGGGUGGGAUAGAGCUAUCUAUGGGUGAGACAUAGAAACACUAUAGGGAAAGCACUAUCGAAAACGGGUGGAAUUUGCGCUUCUUCGAUCACCUUAUCAUGAUCACCGCCCCGGUCUCCUUGGUCUUGCAAAGCCUCUCUGAGGCCCAUCUUCUUUUCGGGGACUGAUUUCUUCCUCCAAUCGUGUCUGGGUGAUCUCGUCAGGGGAAGAUGCCUCAAUCUGUCAUUAUGGCUAUAUCAACCCUGUGCCUCAGCCACCUUCAACGUUCCUCUGCGACAGCUAGCGUAGAGCAUACGUUCCUUGAUAGCCGACGUCGAAGGACAAGUAUAGACGAAGACCAGCGCGGAUGUGGUGGGAUACCGGUAGAACGUGUACUGGGGUUUCGAGUCUGGUAUUAGGCUAGAGAGUGAUCCGGGAGAAACGUUUGAUUCGGUGGAGAGAAGCGUGAGGGUUUCAUUAGGAAUAUCAAUACCCUUUUAAAUCGGUUUAGCGAAUAUACGUAGCACACUAGAUUGUGUUUUAGCACAAUGGAACGGAAAAGCAGCCUUACC